UCCCUUUUCUCUAAAAACAACAACAUUUCACCUUUCUUUCUUUUAGUGAAAAUGCUUGAGCACGUUUGAGUGACCAUGGAGUGCGUUUGCCGUCAGGUAGUUGAGAGUUAAUACGGCGAGAAUAUUGGGAGAAGGAAACUUUUCAAGGAAUCCAAGGAGCUACAGUUGGAAACAUGGCUGUUCGCGAAGAAGGAGAGGUUUUGCACAGUAAAAUCAGGCACCACGAUGGGGUUGCCAAUGCAAACAGCACAGAGAGCUUCAGGAACGGCUAUGUGAAGAGCUGCGUCACCCCUUUAAAACAAGUCCAUCAAAGGGGAUUUUUGUUUAACGUCUGUAGGUUUUGCAUUGAGGACAUUCUGAAUUCAAAAAUAUUUAGAAUUUCUGGCCUAUACCUGGGUGCAUUCGCAAUUUUUGCAGUUUCGUUGCUUAUUUCCAGGAGCUUGCAAAGUGACUUCAGCUUUUGGGAUUUGCGGACUUUUCUGUCGGGCUUCUCUCAAUCCAUCAGCCCUCUCUUUAGCAUAGGCUGUGCAUUCUUCUUUUUGACAUUUUAUUUAAGGAGGAAAAAGAGGGAAAGUAAUACAUGUUGGCUUGUGUCACUGCCAGCAUCAUGUUACUUAGGGGAUUUUUUAGUUUUGCGGUUUUUGCAGUGGGGAGAGGACCAACACCAGAUGCAAAUGAUUGGCAGGUUGUUAUUCGUGUUGGGGUGUGUGGGUCUCCUAACACUGAUCCCCACUUUGAAACUCAAACACAGUGUUCUGAUCCUGGUGUUUGCCAGUGUUGUGUGGUUGGUGUCUUUCACCAGUCUGAGCUGUCUGCCUGCACUCCUGAGACCCGUGUUUGCGUGUUUGGCGGGUGUCUCAGGCUCGCUCUUGUCCCUCUGUUUUGACCAUUACUACCCGUCGAGGGAAACGCCGAAUAGGAUCUCCAGCAACGAGGAGAAAGUCCCUGUGAUCAGACCCAGGAGAAGGUCCAGUUGUGUUUCUUUGGGGGAAACGUCGACCAGCUAUUAUGGCAGCUGUAAAAUGCCUCGCAGACCUUCGUUACCGUGCAUAUCCAGAGAACAGAUGAUCCUAUGGGACUGGGACCUGAAGCAGUGGUACAAGCCCCAGUAUCAGGGAGCGGUAAGUGGUAACGGAGUGGACCUGUCGGUCAUCAACGAGGCCAGGAACAUGGUGUCUGACCUGCUGAUGGACUCGUCCCUGUCGCCACACACCGUCUCGUCCCUGCGCAGCGUCAGCAGCCUCAUGGGGACCUUCUCUGGCUCCUGUCGGCCCAGGGUCAACCCCUUCACCCCCUUCCCAGGUUUCUACCCCUGUACCGAGGUGGAGGACCCUGCAGAGAGGGGCGACAGGAAGCCCCUGAAGGGUCUUAGCAGCAGGAACAGCCUACCAACACCCCAACUCCGCCGCGGCUCCACCUCCUCCCCUCUCCCCCCUCUGGAGUCGGCCUCCUCCCGCUGGGAACGCAACAACGGCAAGAGACCGGGACCCCACCCUGACCUCAAUAUGACCAGCACGGGUUCUCUGUCCAAUGGGCCCAAUGCUAACCUGCUGACCAUCCCUAAGCAGAGGUCCUCCUCUGUGACCCUGACCUACCAUGCCGGGCCCAGGAGAGCAGGUGCGUCCCCCAGUCUGAGUCCUGUCAGCUCCCCCAGCCACAGUCCUCAAGGGGGAGGUCUCUCCUCCCAGGUUAUGCGCCCCCCGGUGGAGUUCCCCGACACAGCUGACUUCCUCACCAAGCCCAGCGUCAACCUGCACAAGCCCCUGGGCUACAUCCUCAGCUCCGCUGACUUCCAGGGGCCCUAUCGCAGCCCCGCGGCAAUGUGCACCAGCUGUGGUCGUCAGAUGCUGAAGAACAUGCCCAGUAUGGAGGCGGGGGAGGGACACCUGCCAUUCACUGGUCAUGCUGAGGCCCAGCGCAGACGCUCAGCAGGUGAGGGGUCAGAGUUCAUGGGGGAGGCACUGAUCAGGGAGGAGAGUGUGGAGGCCGAGUCGAUGGGGGACAGGAAUCCAGACGCAAGGAGCCGGGGCCAGACAGACGAGGAGGAGCAGAGCGCCACCACAGAGCAGCAGACUCAGGAAACAGAGGGUGAGUUCAGACUAGACCCCCUGCUGGAGAACCACGAUGACCUCAUGGAGAAGAUCAACAGCUGGAACUUCCAGAUCUUUGACCUGAUGGACAGAACAGGAGGGAAGACAGGAAGAAUACUCAGCUACGUGACCUACACUCUGUUCCAGGACACUUGUCUGUUUGAGAUGUUUAAGAUCCCUGUGAGGGAGUUCAUGUCCUAUUUCUGUGCUCUGGAGAACGGCUAUAGGGAUAUUCCCUAUCAUAACCGGGUCCAUGCCACUGACGUGCUCCAUGCUGUCUGGUACCUGACUACCCGGCCUGUUCCAGGGUUCCAGCAGAUCCACAAUGAGCAUGUGACAGGAAGUGACACAGAUUCAGACAGUGGGAUCUCGCCGGGCCGGGUAUCAUACGCCUCCUCCAAGAGCUCGUCCAUCUCUGACGACAACUACGGCUGCCUGGCGUGGAACAUCCCUGCUCUGGAACUCAUGGCACUAUAUGUAGCAGCUGCCAUGCAUGACUAUGACCACCCCGGUCGCACAAACGCCUUCCUCGUAGCCACUAACGCAGCUCAGGCGGUGUUGUAUAAUGACCGUUCGGUCCUGGAGAACCACCACGCUGCUUCGGCCUGGAGCCUCUACCUGUCUCAGCCAGAGUUCAACUUCCUGGCCAACCUGGACCACGUGGAGUUCAAACGUUUUCGCUUCCUGGUCAUCGAGGCCAUCCUCGCCACAGACCUGAAGAAGCACUUUGACUUCCUCGCCGAGUUCAAUUCAAAGGUGAAUGAUGUGAACAGUCCAGGAAUCGACUGGACUAAUGAGAAUGACCGUCUGCUGGUGUGCCAAGUCUGCAUUAAGCUGGCAGACAUCAACGGGCCGGCCAAAGGACGCCAUCUGCACCUCAAGUGGACAGAAGGCAUUGUCAAUGAGUUUUAUGAGCAGGGGGAUGAGGAAGCCACUUUGGGAUUACCCAUCAGCCCUUUCAUGGACCGCUCCUCUCCCCAGCUGGCCAAGCUGCAGGAGUCCUUCAUCACACACAUCGUGGGGCCGCUCUGCAACUCGUACGACGCCGCUGGCCUGCUCCCUGGCUACUGGAUCGACGAGGAGCGCUCUGAGGAUGAGGAAGAACAGGUGGAGGACACAGAGACUGACGAAGACGAGCUGGAGGAGGAGCUCGAACCAAAAAGGAGAAACGGCCGGCGUCGGCUGUUCUGCAACAUCAUGCAGCACCUGACAGAGAACCACAAGGUGUGGAAGAAGACCAUCGAGGAGGAGGAGAAGAGCAAGGAGAAGCAGCAGGCCGACAGCCUGCCUCUCAGCCUGUCCCCUUCGCCCUCCGACGACCAGAUCCAGGUCAUUCAGGAGGAGGAGGAAGGGGAGGAGCACCAGUAGCAUGAUGAAGAAGAGGAAGAGGAGGGACAGAGCCAGGAUGCUCGGGAAGGGCGGAACAGUGAAGGCGAAAGUCCUUCAACUCCUCCCUCUUACACGCUCACACACACAAAAAUAUUUAUACACAACACAUACGUGCACACACGUACUAUAGACAUAUACACAAACACAUACACACACAGGAUGACCCUGCUGGAUCUCCACACGUUGAAAUUGUCACUGUGCCGACACGCUAAUGCAGUCAUGUUGUUUUGAAAAAAGGCCUUACUACUGUGAGGGGAUUCUUGCUGCAAUGGUGGGAACCCCACUCCUAUGCACUUUCACCCCAUGGAGAGUAGACCAAGAACAAACACCAGAGCUGAGGACACUGGUGUGGAGAGGAAGAGAGGAAAAGGGUCUGGAUGUGCCCUCCAUGGUGAUCUGGCUGUAAUGCUGCCUUGAACGCAGAGCACUUAACUCUCCCUUAGGUACUAAAACAAAUCCUAUGAUUUCAAAUAAAGGAAAAGAAAAAACACCUUGACGUGGUUGACAUCCGUUACCAAAGCGAACAGUUCAAAUGUGGAAAGACAAGAGACUGAGACUGUUUCAGGCUCACUGUCAGGAAUAUUCUAGAUCUAUAUAUCAAAUGUGCCUGUCUGAACCUUUACUGAGUCCCCUGGUCCAGACCCUAGGUUGGUCUGUGCAGUCCUCUCCCCUUGCUGGCGACACACUGUAUCACUGACUCAGUCACAGAGACGUUGUGGAAAUGAGCAUUAUACCUGCAUCGUUUUUGAUGCCUUUUAUUCAUGUGUACCACCUGCCUUUUAUGUUUCCUUCUUCUUUUUAUUGGUUUAAUUUAGUUGGUGUGAGCGUGUGUGUGUGUGUGUGUGUUUUCUUCAGGAACGCUUGGUCGCAAGUCAUUGAAAUGUUUUCGGAGAUGAGAUGUUCUCUGUUGUUCCAAUGGAGUGCUGUUCCAAUGGAGUGCUGUUCCAAUGGAGUGCUGUUCCAAUGGAGUGCUGUUCCAAUGGAGUGCUGUUCCAAUGGAGUGCUGUUCCAAUGGAGUGCUGUUCCAAUGGAGUGCUGUUCCAAUGAAGGGAUGUUUUUUUUCUUUAGAUUAUAUCUAUUUUUUCACGGUUACUCAGGAUUCUCGUGAAGUUGAAUCAUUAUUUUGCAAGAAUUUAAGUAAUUGACUUUAAAACAGAAUCUCUGUGAUUUAAAUAGUUUUUAAGCUUUGUAUGAACAACUUGAAAAACAAACACAUUCAAGCAAUUGAACUGCUCCUCUGUGAUAGAGCAAAGUAUGUCCUGUGUUUCUGUCAACCUCCGCUGCCCCGCUGGCAGCGCCGUUGGCUUGAUCUUCUAAAGACCUCACUGUAGAAUUGGAAUCCUUGAUUGUCAGUUGACUGUAAAAGACCUGUUUGCAGCAAGGCAACAUUUUGUACAGUAAAAUCCCAUGAUUAUUAAUGUACCAGUAUAGGUAAAGGUGUUUUUGAGUGCAUUGCUGUUGGCAUUGUUUUUACACCUUCAUUUCAUUUCAGUCAUUCUACAGACACUGAUGUUUUGACAAAAACUAUAGAUCUUUGCCAAACCCACAACCAGGCCAGGACUUAAGUAAUCCAGGGUUUCACCUUCGUUUUGGUUUUAUAGUGUCUUAUUCUCUGUACCAUAAGACGGUUUAAUACUAAUAGUUCUAUAUUUCUGUCUGUAAAAACUCUAGGCAUUCCACUAGAAAAAGAGUUUAAUGAAAGAGAUGGCAGACCUGCAAGCCGAACUCACUUAUCACCCUAUCAAGUCAUUUUCUCUGGAGAAGGAAGUUCUCAAGUAGGCAGUGUAAUUCAAGCUAGUAUAUUUAAAGACAAAAAAUAUAUAUAUAAAUGUCCACAUUUUACUACCAAACAAGUGUUUAGCCUCUGCACAAACAAAUAAUAUCUGCAUAUAAAUAUAGUGUAUAAAUAUAUUAUAUUUUUGAAUGAAUCAACAGAAUGCAUCUGUUUUCUACACACAGCUGACAUAUUGUACAGAGACCCUGUAAUUCUCAUCCUGUUUCCCGAGUUUUUAUCUGAUACUACAGAUGUUGAACUGUGGGGUUUGGUGUUUUUCUUUUGGGUUCAGCAUCUCCCUGCUCCUUAUCAUAACCACUUUCUCUCUCAACUCUUGUGUUGUCUACUCAGUCCACCCAUCCACCCAACCAGUGCCAAACUGUCCCUGCUCACUGCCCAACCUCUGGGCUCUCAUACACUGGGCUUGCUAUGGUUGGACCCAGAGGUCUCUCUGAGCUCCAUGUCCCACAGCAGGCUCAAAGUGAUGCUGGUGAAGCCCAGCCCAGGUGUUGUGGAGGAGAGCUCACGACUCCUAACCGUGGCCCUUCAGUCCGUUCGGGUUGAGCUCCACUGCAUAUCUUAAGUUCUGAUGGUGAAGCCCAGCCCAGGUGUUGUGGAGGAGAGCUCACGACUCCUAACGGUGGCCCUUCAGUCCGUUCGGGUUGAGCUCCACUGCAUCUCUUAAGUUCUGAUGGUGAAGCCCAGCCCAGGUGUUGUGGAGGAGAGCUCACGACUCCUAACCGUGGCCCUUCAGUCCGUUCGGGUUGAGCUCCACUGCAUCUCUUAAGUUCUGAUGGUGAAGCCCAGCCCAGGUGUUGUGGAGGAGAGCUCACGACUCCUAACCGUGGCCCUUCAGUCUGUUCGGGUUGAGCUCCACUGCAUCUCUUAAGUUCUGAUGGUGAAGCCCAGCCCAGGUGUUGUGGAGGAGAGCUCACGACUCCUAACGGUGGCCCUUCAGUCCGUUCGGGUUGAGCUCCACUGCAUCUCUUAAGUUCUGAUGGUGAAGCCCAGCCCAGGUGUUGUGGAGGAGAGCUCACGACUCCUAACCGUGGCCCUUCAGUCCGUUCGGGUUGAGCUCCACUGCAUCUCUUAAGUUCUGAUGGUGAAGCCCAGCCCAGGUGUUGUGGAGGAGAGCUCACGACUCCUAACCGUGGCCCUUCAAGUCCGUUCGGGUUGAGCUCCACUGCAUCUCUUAAGUUCUGAUGGUGAAUUGUGAUGCCUCUGCCACCUCCCCCCACAUUGUAUGGCUCAUUAUGUUGUAAAGGUUUGUUUGUUGGCUUGUCACUGUGCAGUCUCACGAACCACAGUGUCCUCUAAUGUUCUUGUCAUAAAAGUCUCUAUGAAUGGCCGUUACCCUUAUGUAGCAUUGAGAUAUUGUAUGUCUGUUGUAACUGUUCAACCAUAUCAAAAUUGUGGGGAAAUGAUUUGUGUUAUUUAUAGCUGUCAUAAAACACCAUCCCUAAAAGAA